AUGCAGGUAAAAGUCGAUCAGUCGACAUCAUUAUCAACCCAUACAAAGACAACCCCAGAAACCGCCAAUUACUGUACAUAUCAACCAACUAUGGAUAAAGCACUUCAGACAGCUCUCAGCGCUGGGUUGUCGUCGGUGUCUGGCUAUCACUCAAACAAGCCCAAACGCGUCGACCCAGAGUUGGCAGGCAAGAAUGUUCUACCCCAGAGUUUCAACCCAACGCCGAAAGAUCGCAUUUCUUUUCCCGCCGCCAAAGGCGAAGUAAAGGCUUCAUACAUCUCCAUUGGCGGCUGGCCAUGGGGUGAUAAAGCUACAUGGCACUACGAUGAGAGUGAAUGGAUCAAGAUCCAAGAGGCAUGGCAAGCACUUUACGACGCUGGAAUCAACUUCAUCGAUACUGCCGAGAGUUACGGCAAUGGCGAGAGCGAGAAGAUUCUCGGAGACCUGAUUAAAGGCCUUCCUCGAGAAAACGUCGUAGUGCAAACGAAGUAUUUUAGCACCCCCCUAAAGGCGACAAAUUUCACCCAUCCCAUCGAUGCGCCGAUCAUCAGUCUUAAAGCUAGCUUGGAGCGAAUGGGGCUUGAUUAUGUCGACAUCUAUCUUGUUCACGGACCCAUCCAUCCUCAGAGUAUUAGCACCAUCGCAGAGGGGAUGGCGAAGUGUGUCGAGGAAGGUCUCACACGAGCUGUCGGCGUCGCCAACUACGACGACGACGACGUGCUCAAGAUGCGCGACGAAUUAAAGAAGUACAACAUCCCUCUGGCGACGAACCAGUGCGAGUUCAACGUUCUCCGUCGCUACCCCGAAGUUUCGGGCAACAUCAAGAGAUGCAAGGACAACGACAUCGUUUUCCAAUCAUACUCCUCUCUCGCGCAGGGUCGUCUUUCAGGCAAGUACAGCGCCGAGAAUCCUCCGCCAAAGGAGUACCGCUUUAGCAGCUACGACAUGAAGGAUAUCGAGCCCACCCUUGUUACCUUGCGUGAAAUCGCAGAGAAGAGAGGCAAGAGUGUUGCCUCCGUAUCCCUCAACUACAACAUCAGCAAGGGUGUCGUACCAGUGGUUGGAAUUCGUAAUGUUGAGCAGGCAAAGGCGGCCAUUGACGCGCUGGGUUGGAGGCUCAAUGAGGACGAGGUGGUUGCUAUUGACAAGGUCAGCGUUGAGGGCAGGACAAGCACGCUGUGGCAGCAAGGCUAA